CUUCAAACCCUUCAAACCUCCCGUUCUUUCAUCUCCCUUUGAUCUCUCCACCUCGUAUCCUCAGCCUCACUUUCCCUCUCUUUCACCUUUUCCCCUUCCCACCUUUCUCGCCUCACAUGGACCUCAUGAGUUCCCGGUUCAGGUUCAACUUCAGGAACAAGAAGAACCCUCCCCUCCGCCGAUUGUCCCUGCGAGUACAUCCCCCAGUUCUCCACCUUCCGGCCACAGCUCGUCAACAACAAGUCUCCCAAUGAAUCAGCCACCCGGGGGUUUGGGCCGACCGCCAAGUUACACCAUGAACAAUCGCCCAACCAGCCCGAUGGUACAACACGGUCAACACCCCGCGCCCACAAACGCCCCAUACACCCAACCUGGUGUGCCCAUGAACACUGCCCAAGGCUACGGUAUGCAGCAGCAACAGGUAGCCCCCAGCAUCCCGACGACACUGUCGACUUCGCAGUACCCCGGGCGCAACCCCGCGGUGGAGGUCGAGGGCGCGGGUCGCAGCAAGGCACAACUCAUCGUCGGCAUUGAUUUUGGAACAACAUUCUCCGGUGUCGCAUUCGCAUUCGCGACCAACAAUGAAGCACGGGAAGACAUCAUCACCGAGUGGCCGGGUGCCGGAACUCACACGAAACAAAAGAUUCCCACCGUCCUCUAUUACGAUCAAUACCAGAAGGUCGUAGGCUGGGGCCCCGAUAUCGCCGACGCUCUCGCCCCGACUGGAUACCCCAAGCCUGGUGUGCAAAAGGUGGAGUGGUUCAAGCUGCAGCUGAUGCUAUCCGGGAACACGUAUAUCGAUCCCAUCAACCUACCCCCACUGCCCCCGGGCAAGUCUGAAAUCGAUGUCGCGGCCGAUUACCUUUUCAAGCUACGACAAGCCAUGCGCUCGCAGUUACAGAAGACACUGGGUGAGGUGUUUACCCGUGAGGAACGCAACAUCCGAUACUACCUCACUGUGCCGGCUAUUUGGAACGACGCUGGCAAGGCUGCGACACGUACUGCUGCUAUUCAAGCUGGUUUCUUGCGCGACGAGAACGACAAUCGACUUACGUUGGUUUCGGAGCCAGAGGCGGCGGCGCUGUUCUGUGCCAAAUCUGGGUUGCUUAAUUUGAAGGUGGGCGAUGCCAUCUUGAUCGUGGAUUGUGGUGGUGGCACCGUGGAUUUGAUUGCAUACGAGGUCGAGGAAGAGUCGCCGUUCAGCGUGAUGGAAUGUACUGCCGGGUCUGGUGACUCGUGCGGUUCAACAGCACUGAACCGGAAUUUCAGCAACAUUUUGCGAGCGAAGAUCCGUAAAAUGAAGCUGCCCGAUGGCUCUCGAACUGCGGGCAAGGUAUACGCGAAGUGUAUCAUGGACUUUGAGAACCGCAUCAAGGCCGAUUUCCGUAACAACGGGCAAAAGUGGGCUGUAGAUGUGGGUAUUGAGGCUGACUUCCCUGAUGCCGGCAUCGAGGAGGGCUACAUGACCUUCACCAAUGAAGAGAUUCUCCAAUGCUUUGAACCGGUUGUGAACCGUAUUCUCGAGUUGGUUCGCAACCAGAUUAUCGCCAUUCAAGCGCAGAACCGUCUGCUCCAGAACGUUCUCGUUGUUGGUGGCUUUGGUGCUUCAGAAUAUCUCUUCCAGCAGAUCAAACUUCACGUGCCACCACAGUAUCAGACCAAGGUGGUUCGCCCCAUGGACUCUGUGGCUGCUAUCGUCAAGGGCGCUGUCACCGCAGGUAUUACCGAGCGGGUCAUCACCCACCGUGUGGCCCGUCGACACUAUCUGAUGGCCACGCUCCAGCCAUUCAAGGAGGGCUACCACCCAGAACAAUACCGUGUUCCCAGUCUGGAUGGCCGUGACCGAUGCAAGUACACCCGUCAGAUUUUCGUCCAGAAAGGAGAGCGUGUCAGGAUCGGCGAGCCCGUCAAGGUCAGCUUCUUCCGCCAAGUUGCUCCUGGCGCCACACUCAUGUAUGAGGAUGUGCUGUACGCCUGCGACGAAGACGUCUGCCCCGAGUACACCAAGGAUCCCCGCAUCAAGGAGGUUGUCACACUCACAUCCGAUCUAUCGCGCAAGAACCUAGAGACCGAUUUUGAACGCAUGGACACACCGCAGGGCAUCUUCUACCGUGUCUACUUUGACAUCUACCUCACACUAGACGGCAGUGAAUUCAGCGCCGAGCUGGUUUGCCAAAACGAGAUCAUGGGCCGGUGCCGUGCCAAGUUCCGGUGAUCUCCAUCGCAACGCAGCCAAAUCAGAAAAAUCAAACCUUACAAAGAAAAACAUAAGGGUGACGCCGUAUAUAAAUCUCCUCCCCGGACGAGGACCAUGACAUCAUCGGUGAACAGUGGCUAUGACUUGGAGUUCUUGACUUUCUUCUCUAAUCUUUUGUACCGUCGUUGGGCAAGAUAUCCUCCCACUCCAGGUCAGGGUCACUGGACAUCGCUACACGGAAGAAUAGGCGUUUAUCUGUGAUGAUUAUUCGAGAAUCCUGUGCCGUUCCUAAAUAUAUGCCACAGUCGUUUGGCUAUUUCUUGUCGUUUCUUAUUGUUGUUUGGCGGUCCCUUUUCUUUCUUUCGAUGGCCCUCUUAGAUACCUCUACCUAUUUUGUGUUUUGUUUCAAUGAUAUUGACAAGCUGAGUUUAAGCUUAUAAUGCUUUCCUUAACAUGAUCACCAGUGGGUAAAGGGUAAAGCAAAGAAAGGAAAUAAAGCACCCCUGAAAGGAAGAAAGGAAGUAUACGUAAGUCAUCAAAUG